CUGCACCGCGAGGCUCGUUGAGUCAGACCUGGAGCUGGGGAGGGGGUGCGUCCCACUGCUGGGGGUCCCCGGGGUGAGGGGAGUGGAGAUGAGGCCGAUGAUGUCAUGGAUGCUUCGCAGGGCCUGGGGGAUGGUGGCGGCCGGAGGGGGUGCGGCCCGGAUUAUGUCACCUCUUCCCUCUGCGCCCCGCCCCCCGGGCCACACGCGUUGGUGGGGAGCACCGGGAGGUGCCGGAGGGAUUUCAACCACUGCAGAGACCCUUCCCCGGGCACCUCCUCGGGAUGGCCUGGGGCCCUGGUCUCUGUUGGCUCUGCGGGCCGCGGGCUGCUGGUGAAUGGCGUGCACCCCCCCACACCACCCCCCGUGCAGGAGGCUCGUGUGUGCGCGCGUGUGUCCUCGGGGUGUGUGUGGGGGCGCUGUCAGCCCCCUCAGUCCUGAAGCACGGGUUUCAUCAGAGCCAGGAUCUAAGGGAUGGAUCCCUUCCCCCUUUGUCGCCAAGGGAAGAUGGAUCUCCCUUCACACAUCCCAACCAAGAAGUUCUGGAGACCUCUGCACCCUCAAAGCCCUACUGUGACCCCGAUACCUUUUCUCCCUCAGUCCUUCCCAGAAGCCCUUCCUGAUGUUCCCGUCCGGAUUCAUUGCCUCUUUGCAUUGCUCAUAACUGGCCUUCCCACAUGCAUUCUCUGCAUCUCCUCAGUGCCAGGGCCUAAAGACCCCAACACUCUGUUGUCUGUUUCCCUGCGGGGGCACCCACAGUCCAGCCCUGGAGAUGCCUCAGAAUGAAAUCUUGGAGUAGCCUGAGCCAAGUGCUUUAAGACCUCUUCCCGCAGGGGAGAUCAGGAAUGCUGUCCUGGGAGGCAGCAUCUGGAUUGGUCCUUGAAAGAUGCAGAAUGGGCACAGGGAGCUGAGAACAGAUUUUGUGCAUGGAGUGAGAUGGGUUCAGGUCAGGGGACAUAGGAUGAGCAGCAGGAGAGGCCUUGGGGGCUCUGCUGCAAGCUCUACCUUGGUUCUGAGGGUUGAGAGGAAUGCCAGGCAUUUACCCAUAAUACAUUCACUUCUUAACAUUCCUGUAAUGUAGGUGUGAGAAUCUGAGGUGGAAUAACCUGCAUGCAGUUCCACCUCUAAUCAGUUGAGCUGGGAUUUACACUUGGAGCUGAUGCCUCCAUAACUCUGUCUACUGCACUUGGUGCUGUUCAUGGAAGAAUUCGGGCAGAGCAGGGACAACGGCUUUGCCCUUUAGAAAGUGUCCCUCAGCAGCUGCACAGGGGAGGGAGUGCAGAGGAAGAAAUGUGAGUGAGAAGCCCCCAGCAAGGAUGCUGGCAGGAGGGGCUGGUGAGAUCUUUAGGGGUUGAGUGGGCUGAGCUUGGGGCCUCUGAGACCCCAAGAGAAGGGUGAGUGUUCCUAGCUUUAGGAGGGGCACAGAUAGGGUCGUCACGGUAGGAUGACGGUAGGUAGGUCCUGCCCAUGUAAUCUCCAGGUAUUGUCCAUUUGGUCCCUUUGUGACCACUAAUACUGUGUGUAAUGUCCCACGCACUGAGGGUUGACAGGACAGAGAUAGAGGCAGAAUCAGGCAACAGGCUGUCAUCCCAUAGCUAAGUGGAUGCCAUGAGGCUGUCUUUGCAGUGCACACUCAGCUGCCUGGGCUAGUGCAGGACCCUGACCCACAGAUGAAGCUCAAACCUUUCCCCUGUAUUCAGUUUCUGCCUAUCAGGGAAACAUAUGCCCCUCUUUGUCCUGCCAGUUCCAUGCUGUCUUUUUGAGGAAAGAAGCUGCAGCAGCCCAAGCUGGGGAGAGGCAAGGGGCUGGGAGCACUUACAUGGGGUUGACCAAAACAGGUUAGAAUUAUGGUGGGAAGCUCUUCAGGGAGCGAGGCUCCAGGGAGAAGGGCAGUGGGUUGGUAGUCAAGGAUUCCCCAAGUAGACCAUGGGAAUAGGAGACUCAGGACCUCCUUUCCAUCUGUCCAGGACUCUGGGCACCCGGGCCUGGUUGGGGACCCCCCCGGGGGGGGGAUGGGGGGAGGGGCAACAGUGGGGCAGAGUGCCAUGUGAUCAGCCACAACCUAUGGCCAGAUCCUCCUUUCCUGGAGCUCAGAGAAGACAGUAUUGCAGGUUUAUACGGCACCUUACAGUUUGCAAAGCACCUUCGAAAAUAUUAUCCUCCGUGGCUCUUAUGAUCAACUCAAUCACUUCUGUUUGCGUCUGCCCACACCUGGCGCAGCCCCCUUUGCCUAGAUCUCCAAUCUCACUAUCGACGCCCUUCUUUCAGCACAUCACCACACUCAGGUUUCUACCCUGUUUCAUUCUAAAAUUAGAAAAGAGCCAAACCACCUUAAAUUACUGCUUUCUCAGCCCUUCUCUUUUAGCAGGGAACUUUCUCAUCUUUCCCUCAGACCCCUUCCCCCCACUCCUACAGUCUGGCUCUGCCUUGCACCCCUUUUCUGAAAUCAUUCUCUCGUAGACACCAGUGAUGUUUCCACCUGCCGAAUUCAGGGCACCCUCUCCAAUCCCAAUUUUAGCUGGCCCCCUUUUUUUUUAACAUCAGGAGCUGCCUCCACAUUCUUGAAGCCCACCCCAUCUUCGUCCUCAGGCCCUGCCUUCUCCUGGCCUUCUUCCUGCUCCCACACCAUCUACUAGGCUUCUUAGGCACUGUCACUUUAACUCCAUGCUGGGCCCCACCUCCCGCCCCCCAGCCCCCUCGAAUGCUCAUGAGUCCAGUCUCUCUUUCCAUCCAGGAUUUAAUAGAAAUAUUUCUCUGGUCUUCCUCAAAGCACCUAUUUCCCCCAGACUUUCACCUCCUGUCAUGUUCAGGGUGUUACCUACCCUGGUGCCCACCCAGUCCAGACUCCUCCCUUGCCUCCAAUCCCUGAACCCCAUCUGUAUGAAGUUUUGUCAGUUGUUCCUCCCAAACCUGCCCAGAUCUUCCCGCUGGUUCUGAGCCCCAGGUCACCCAGCCUCCAUCCUCUCAGUCCCCCUCUGCUUGCUCCCUACACUGCAUCCCCAAGUGGCAAGAAAAGGGGGUCAUGCUUAGGAUGGGAAGUGGAUAUCUGGGCUGGAGUGUAUGGGGAGUGGAGACAGAGCAGGGCGAGGGUGAAUCACGAGAGGCACCUAGGGCACUCGAUGUAAAAAGGCACUCACACCCCAGGGUCCUGCGCUUGCUGAGCCUGCACUGAAACUGCAUCCUAGUUGCCUCUCUUGCUGCACGCCACGUCUCAGGCUUGUGGGACAUGGGGACAGAUUAGUUUAAGGGAGGAAGGUGGUAAAGUCCUGUUCUCCACACCUCCUCCGGAGCCAGAGGCUGAGAGAAUGGAAUUUUACAAAGGCAGUGUGAACCAGUUUGGUGGCGAGUUUUCCAACCACCUAGGGCUGUAAUCCUGGGUGUGCUGACCAGAAGUCUCCUGAAGGGCAAGAGUUUUGUCAGGCUCUCCUGGUCUAAGGCCCGUUAGGACAAACAGCAUUCGAAGUGGGCAGCUGGGUAGAACAUAGAGGAGCGCUCUAGGAACAGAGGUCUGCCACCUGUCCUCCUUUGCCUUGGGAGAGGAGGGCUCCCUAGCAGGUUUCUGGUGGGAGCAGAGGUUAAAUGCCUGGAGGGUGCCCUCUGCCAUUUCUGGCACAUGUAUUCGGGCCUCUACACUCCUGGCAGGUGCUGCCUGCUGCCACUGCCCGGCUGGAUUUUGAGGCUCUCUGGGGCAGGUGUUUCCAGGGCGGACUUGAGACAAAGGAAUGAGGAAGCAGAGCCUUUCUGGGCACAAGUAACCCGAGGCCCCGCUCCCCUACCCCGGCUCCUGUGGGCCGGCCUUGAGGGAGGGGGGGACGCAAGCUCACAGGAGGGCUCAGAGGAAUUCGCGGCGAAGUGAGCUGGGUCAAGGUCCACGAGGAGCUGGGGGAGGGGAGUAAUCCAGGAAGUCUUCCCGGCGGCAGCGAAUUCUUAGAGGGGUUCUGCGGGGGCGGAGUCCUGGGCUCCGCUGGGAGCGGACGCCCCGCCCCUGACCCCGCCCACCUGUUGGAACCGCGGGGCUCAAGGGAGGCAAGGCCCGCGCCCGCAGCGGGCGGGCGGCGCUGCGUCUUCUGCCCUGGUCCCGGCCAGCCCGGAGCCCUCUGCCGAGAGGAGAAAACUGCAGUCCGGGAUGGCUCAGUCGGCCCGUCCAAAGUCGCACAGCUGGUUCUGGCCGAGCCCCUACUACGAGAGUGAGGCACAUGGCCCAUGCAGACCGGGCCUCGGAGGGUCCCAGGCUUGAGGACCCGUCGGCCCCCCCACCCCCUUGGAGAGGCAAGGAGAGGAUCCUGCGCUCGUAGUGAGCCUCCACUUCUGCCCUUGACUGCAACACCCUAGUGCUCCCCUGGCUUAGUCAUGGCGAAGCUGGAGACACUGCCUGUGCGCGCUGACCCAGGGCGGGAUCCCCUCCUGGCCUUUGCCCCUCGGCCCUCUGAGCUCGGACCCCCAGACCCUCGCCUGGCCAUGGGCAGUGUGGGCAGCGGGGUGGCCCACACCCAGGAGUUUGCCAUGAAGAGUGUGGGCACCCGCACAGGGGGUGGGGGCAGCCAGGGCAGUUUUCCUGGCCCCCGUGGCAGUGGGGCCAGCAGGGAGAGGCCAGGCCGCUACCCCUCAGAGGACAAGGCUCUCGCCAAUUCACUCUACCUCAAUGGCGAGCUGCGGGGCAGUGACCACACGGAUGUCUGCGGCAAUGUGGUGGGCAGCAGUGGUGGCAGCAGCAGCAGCGGUGGCAGUGACAAGGCCCCACCUCAAUAUCGUGAGCCCAGCCACCCACCCAAACUCCUGCCCACCUCUGGCAAGCUAGACCAGUGCUCAGAGCCACUGGUUCGGCCUUCAGCCUUCAAGCCCGUUGUACCCAAGAACUUCCACUCCAUGCAGAACUUGUGCCCCCCGCAGUCCAACGGGACCCCUGAGGGACGACAGGGCCCCGGUGGCCUCAAGGGUGGACUGGACAAGUCUCGGACCAUGACCCCAGCGGGUGGGGGUGGGGGCGGCCUCUCAGAUUCAGGCCGGAACUCACUCACAAGCCUGCCCACUUACAGCUCCAGCUACAGCCAGCACCUGGCGCCCCUCAGUGCCUCCACCAGCCACAUCAAUCGCAUUGGCACUGCCAGCUAUGGUAGUGGCAGUGGUGGCAGCAGCAGCGGUGGUGGGUCAGGCUACCAGGACCUAGCAACCUCUGACAGUGGGCGGGCCUCCAGCAAAAGCGGGUCAUCCUCAUCCAUGGGGCGGCCAGGCCACUUGGGAUCGGGGGAGGGUGGAGGUGGAGGCCUGCCGUUUGCGGCCUGCUCGCCACCCUCGCCCAGCACUCUGAUCCAGGAGCUAGAGGAGCGGCUGUGGGAGAAGGAGCAGGAGGUGGCAGCUCUGCGGCGUAGCCUGGAGCAGAGCGAGGCAGCGGUGGCUCAGGUGCUGGAGGAGCGGCAGAAGGCCUGGGAGCGUGAGCUGGCUGAGCUGCGGCAGGGCUGCAGUGGGAAGCUGCAGCAGGUGGCCCGGCGCGCUCAGCGCGCCCAGCAAGGCCUACAGCUGCAGGUGCUGCGGCUGCAGCAGGACAAGAAGCAGCUGCAGGAGGAGGCAGCCCGGCUGAUGCGCCAGCGGGAAGAGCUUGAGGACAAGGUGGCCGCCUGCCAGAAGGAACAGGCCGACUUCCUGCCCCGGAUGGAGGAAACUAAGUGGGAGGUGUGCCAGAAGGCUGGGGAGAUUUCCCUCCUGAAGCAGCAGCUGAAGGACUCGCAGGCCGACGUGUCCCAGAAGCUGAGUGAGAUCGUAGGGCUGCGCUCCCAGUUGCGGGAGGGCCGGGCCUCGCUGCGGGAGAAGGAGGAGCAGCUGCUCAGCCUGAGGGACUCCUUCAGCAGCAAACAGGCCAGCCUGGAGCUGGGCGAGGGCGAGCUGCCCUCUGCCUGCCUCAAGCCGGCACUGACCCCAGUGGACCCCGCUGAGCCGCAGGAUGCCCUGGCCACCUGCGAGAGUGACGAGGCCAAGAUGCGCCGUCAGGCUGGGGUGGCUGCCGCCGCCUCCCUGGCUUCCUUGGAUGGGGAGGUGGAUGCUGGGGGGGAGAGUGGGACGCGGGCCCUGCGGCGGGAGGUGGGGCGGCUACAGGCUGAGCUCGCAGCCGAGCGGCGAGCCCGGGAGCGCCAGGGUGCCAGCUUCGCAGAGGAGCGCCGCGUGUGGCUGGAGGAGAAGGAGAAGGUCAUCGAGUACCAGAAGCAGCUGCAGCUGAGUUACGUGGAGAUGUACCAGCGCAACCAGCAGCUGGAGCGGCGGCUGCGAGAGCGCGGGGCCGCGGGAGGUGCCAGCACGCCUACACCCCAACACGGGGAGGAGAAGAAAGCCUGGACCCCCUCCCGCCUGGAGCGCAUUGAGUCCACGGAAAUCUGAUCUCCCUGGGCAUGUGGUCUUUUGACAAAAACCCUGUCAAAGGCCAGAGUCCCCAGUAUCCCCUCCUUGCCAUCACCUUCCCCCCCCAUGUCCCCCUGUAUCCCCAGACCAAAGAGGUUCUCAAAGCAGCUGUGACCAGGUCCCUCCCCUCCCCUCACUGGGUGCCUCCCAGCUCUACCACUGCCCCCCUGGGCAGCCCACUUGACCCUCCUCCCAAGGAGGAAAUAGGGGGAGGGCUGAGUGUGUGGGGAUGAAGGGCCCAGGCAGCAGGGGAGCCCGGGCUCCCUUUCUUGGCACUCCCUUGUUGAAGAGGUGGCAGGCCUGCAGUGCCGCCAGGUACCCAGCCCUUUGAUGGUCUGGGCUGCUACUGCCGGCCCAUCGUGUGUCUAGAGAUGCGCUCUGUGCCCAUCUCCUAUGCCGUGUAGCCUGAGGGGGCCUGCCUGGGGUCUGCCGGAGCGGACAGACCUUGGGCUCCCGGCCUCUCUCCUUCCUGCGCAGUCUUCCCUCCUUGGCAGAUUGGCAGGAUGAGUGGGAGCAGAUGGCCUGCCUGUGGUUGAGAGGGCUACCUGCCCAGCCCCUCCCCCCCCAAGGUCUCUUGGGCUCAGGCCUCAGAGCCUGGCCUGGUCCUGAGUGUGUGUCCAUUUGUGCGUGUUGGAGGAGGGAAGGGCAGGGACUGGAGGCUCAGUGCCCAGGGAAGCUCUGCCCUCCUCUUCUUGGGAAGGGUCACCUGGAGGCUUCUUAGCUCUACCCUGCCCCUUCUGGCCAGGAUCCCACAGGACAACAGUCCCAUCUGCUUGGCUGACCCCAUACCCCGGACCACUGUCCAGCUCUAACUACAGCUAUUAAGUGCUACCUGCCUCUCAGGCACUCCCCUCACCCAGUUUCUGAGGUCAUAUGAGUGUCUGUGAUGUCUUCCUGUGUCUUCCCCCACUUGAUUCCCUCAGCCUCCUUCUGCUUUCAUGCUCAGCCUCCUGCUUUCAUGCUCUGAACAUCGUUGUCCUAGGCCACCGCUUCCCCCAAACCUCACCUUUUCUUCCAGUAGAAAACUCUGCUUGAUCUUUGGUGCACUGCCCACUUCCACACUCCACUGGGCCCAAGCCUGAGCCUGUGGCCCUUGUUUUGGGGGACAGGGGUGGCUAUGAUUGCUCUUGAAGAGCAAGGCUGAAUGGAGAGGAACACUGACUCCUGGGUCCCAGGGGCCUGAGGUAGCCCGGGGUUUGCCCAGAGUAGGCCUGGCAUAGCCGUCAGUGGGGGUGGGGGCAGCCAAUGUCACUUCCUCCUCUCGGGGCCCUCUGAGAGUCUAUCUCCCCAAGAUAAGAAGGGAAAGGCAAAUUUCUAACACACCAGCAAUAAAAAUCGGAGGAGGCUUGGCCCUCAGCCCUGGUAUUUCUCUCUUUUCACUCUCUCCCUCCCACCCCCAAGACUGGGUUUGUGGGGCAGGGUGGAGGGAGCUGGCAACUACUGUGAGCAACCCCCGACCCCUGACCAGCCUCCUCCCAUGACUGGUGACUGUUUAACCAGCUGUGCAUCCCCCACAAAAACAGGAGUGCCCCUCUGCGUGGCCUCUGUCCUUCUGCACAGCCCCUUCCGGUGGCCCUCCCCAGAUCUCUGAGCUGGGUGAGGGGCUGUCCUGGCAAUCACUGCCCAUUCCACUCACCCUUCACUACACCUGCCCCAGAACCUGGGCCUGGGCCAGAGGGGCAGGGGGAAGAGAAGGCAUUAGUAGGAAAAAAAAAAAAAAAUAGAAAAAAAAAUAUGAACAGACUCAGCUUUGGGACUUCCAACCACAAAAGAAAUUAUAUAUAAAUAUAUAAAAAUAUAUAUCUCUACCAUAUGUGAUGGAAAGACUUCGUUUUCUUUUCCCAAAGAAAUAAAAUGGAGAAAGCCUCUU